GCGGCUGCUGCCGGCGAGCGAGCGAGCGGAGAGGCGGUGGACACCGGAGACCGAGCGCGGCGGCUCCCGAAGCGCACCCAGCGGCAGGGCGAGGCGGCCCGCGGCCCGGCGCGCACCGGGAGGGGAGAGCCCGUGCGGGCAAUAGGCGGCGGCGGCGGCAGCUCAGACGCGGCGGCGGCGAGGAUGCUGACCGGGAGGCUGUGGGUGCCGCUCCUGCUGGCGCUGGGCGUGGGGAGCGGCAGCGGCGGCGGGGACAGCGGGCGGCGCCGCCUCCUCGCGGCUAAAGUGAACAAGCACAAGCCAUGGAUUGAGACUUCAUACCACGGAGUCAUAACAGAGAACAACGACACAGUCAUUUUGGACCCACCAUUGGUCGCCCUGGAUAAAGAUGCACCAGUUCCUUUUGCAGGAGAAAUCUGUGCAUUCAAGAUACAUGGCCAGGAGUUGCCCUUUGAGGCCGUGGUGCUCAACAAGACGUCUGGAGAAGGCCGGCUCCGUGCCAAGAGCCCCAUCGACUGUGAGCUGCAGAAGGAGUACACGUUCAUCAUCCAGGCCUAUGACUGUGGCACAGGGCCCCGGGAGACAGCCUGGAAGAAGUCUCACAAGGCUGUGGUCCAUAUCCAGGUGAAGGACGUCAAUGAGUUUGCUCCCACCUUCAAAGAGCCAGCCUACAAGGCUAUUGUGACGGAGGGCAAGAUCUAUGACAGCAUCCUGCAAGUGGAGGCCAUCGAUGAAGACUGCUCCCCCCAGUAUAGCCAGAUUUGCAACUAUGAAAUUGUCACGACUGAUGUGCCUUUUGCCAUCGACAGGAAUGGAAAUGUCAGAAACACGGAGAAGCUGAGCUAUGACAAGCAGCACCAGUAUGAGAUCCUAGUAACCGCCUACGACUGUGGACAGAAGCCCGCCGCGCAGGACACCCUGGUGCAGGUGGACGUGAAGCCAGUUUGCAAGCCUGGCUGGCAAGACUGGACCAAGAGGAUUGAGUACCAGCCUGGUUCAGGGAGCGUGCCCUUGUUCCCCAGCAUCCACCUGGAGACGUGCGACGGGGCCGUGUCCUCCAUCCAGAUCACCACGGAGCUGCAGACCAACUACAUUGGGAAGGGCUGUGACCGGGAGACCUACUCUGAGAAGUCCCUUCAGAAAUUAUGUGGAGCUUCCUCUGGCAUCAUUGACCUCUUGCCAUCCCCCAGUGCUGCCACCAACUGGACCACAGGACUGCUGGUGGACAGCAGUGAAAUGAUCUUCAAGUUCGAUGGCAGGCAGGGUGCCAAGAUCCCUGACGGAGUUGUGCCCAAGAACCUGACCGACCAGUUCACCAUCACCAUGUGGAUGAAGCACGGCCCCAGCCCUGGUGUGAGAGCCGAGAAGGAAACCAUCCUCUGCAACUCAGAUAAAACCGAGAUGAACCGGCAUCACUACGCGCUGUACGUGCACAACUGCCGCCUCGUCUUCCUCUUGCGCAAGGACUUUGACCAGGCAGACACCUUCCGCCCCGCGGAGUUCCACUGGAAGCUGGACCAGAUUUGUGACAAAGAAUGGCAUUACUAUGUCAUCAAUGUGGAGUUUCCUGUGGUCACCUUAUACAUGGAUGGAGCAACGUAUGAACCAUACCUGGUGACUAACGAUUGGCCCAUUCAUCCAUCUCACAUUGCCAUGCAACUGACAGUCGGCGCUUGUUGGCAAGGAGGAGAAGUCACCAAGCCACGCUUUGCUCAAUUCUUCCAUGGCAGCCUGGCCAGUCUCACCAUCCGCCCUGGCAAAAUGGACAGUCAGAAGGUGAUUUCCUGCCUGCAGGCCUGCAAGGAAGGGCUGGAUAUUAAUUCCCUGGAAAGCCUGGGCCAAGGAAUAAAGUAUCAUUUCAACCCCUCGCAGUCUGUCCUGGUGAUGGAAGGUGACGACAUCGGAAAUAUCAACCGUGCCCUCCAGAAGGUCUCCUACAUCAACUCCAGGCAGUUCCCAACUGCGGGUGUGCGGCGCCUGAAAGUCUCUUCCAAAGUCCAGUGCUUUGGAGAAGAUGUGUGUAUCAGCAUCCCUGACAUGGAUGCCUACGUGAUGGUGCUGCAGGCAGUCGAGCCCCAGAUCACCCUCCACGGCACAGACCGCUUCUGGAGACCCGCUGCCCAGUUUGAAAGUACCAGAGGGGUGAUCCUCUUCCCUGACAUCAAGAUUGUGAGCACCUUCGCCAAAGCUGAGGCUCCCAGUGACUUGAAGACCACAGGUACAGCCCCCAAAUCAGCAGUUUUAGAAGAAAUGCUUCACAACUUAGAUUUCUGUGACAUUUUAGUGCUGGGAGGGGACUUGGACCCCAGACAGGAGUGCUUGGAGCUCAACCACAGUGAGCUCCACCAGCGACACCUGGACGCCACCAACUCCACAGCAGGUUACUCCAUCUACGGUGUGGGCUCCAUGAGUCGCUACGAGCAGGUUCUGCGUCACAUCCGUUACCGCAACUGGCGUCCAGCUGCCCUGGAGUCCCGGCGCUUCAGGAUCAAGUGCUCAGAACUCAACGGGCGCUACACUAGCAAUGAGUUCAACCUGGAGGUCAGUGUCCUCCAUGAGGUCAGAGUCUCGGACACUGAGCACGUCAACCACCUUAUCGCGCAGCCGCCCUUCCUCCAGUCCAUCCACCACCCGGAGUCCCAGACUAGCAUCCAGCACAGUUCAGUGGUCCCGAGCAUUGCCACAGUGGUCAUCAUCAUCUCCGUGUGCAUGCUAGUGUUUGUCGUGGCCAUGGGCGUGUACCGGGUCCGGAUCGCCCACCAGCACUUCAUCCAGGAGACUGAGGCUGCCAAGGAAGCAGAGAUGGACUGGGAUGAUUCUGCGCUCACUAUCACAGUCAACCCCAUGGAGAAACACGGAGCCCCAGGGCGUGGGGAAGAGGAGACCGAGGAAGAGGAGGAGGAGGAAGAAGCGGAGGAAGACCUUAGCUCCAGCAGCAGCGAGUCGGAGGGCAGUGACGAGGAGGAGGAGGAAGGGUCCGGCAGGGGCAGACACGGUCAGAGUGGAGCCAAGAAAGCCCAGCUGGAGUGGGACGACUCCACCCUCCCCUACUAGUGCCCGGGGCCACGCCCACCCGCCUGUCCGUUUUGUAAGCCCCGCCCCGAUGUACACCGCAGCCUAUCACAUGUCACCUCUGAUUUCCAUGAUGGUCCGCGCAGGCCUUCCCCAGCAUUCUGGAACCCACGUUUUACGCCCUGGGCUCUGCUCGUGUCCCAGUCCUGGGGCAGUUUCCAGAAGCCCAGCGUCAUCCUUAGGGGGAACUUCAGGGUGAACGUUUUCCUGUGACACCCACUUCUCUGGCCCAGGGCUCACCCAGCAUUCUGUUAACCAGAUCUGUGGGUUCUCUCUGUUUGCUCUUCCCAGUAGGGGAGAAGAUCAGCCUUUAUGUUGCUCCCCAACUUGGGGGCUCCGCGUCCCCAGGGCUCUUAAGUUCCAACCCACUGUGCGAGUGCGGACUCCAUGUUCUCUCCAAACAGUCUGGCAGAUUCUCCUCACCUGACUCUCUAGGCUGCUUCCUACAGGCAGGGUAGUCAGACUCUACACCCCGGAGGUCUAAGUCCUCUGCACGUCAAAGGAACAUCCUUACCCAGGUGGAAUUAAGUUUGCAGGACAGGUUUGCUUGGGCUCCCCUCACCCCACACACACAUCCGCUCUCUCAUUUUGGAGAGCCUUUUCCUUUGUUCUUCUUGAGGCCAUAGAAGCUUAUAUGAAAAGUCCAAAACCAAGAAUAGGUCCUUGGCCACAGCAGGGUCUGGUUCCUGCCAAAGUGCUCUGAAAAUCUGCCUUGCUGGCGGCCACUGAGCCCCGCAGGGCUGCCCUGCUGGCAGCUCCCACCACAGGACACCAUGGAGGCCAGAAAGCAUUCCACGCAGCUACUGCCCCCGGCAGCAACUGAGACAGACCUACAACUGGGGAGCAGAAGGAAGGGCUGAGGAGAAGUACGGCUGGGCUGCAUGGUGGAAACAGCUGGGUGAUGAGGGUGGCUGGGCCCUCCCAGGCCAGAAGGUGGCCCCAAAGUGGACAAGGCUCUCACCAUCUAGUCUUAGGGUCCCUCAUCCCCUAGUUCACAGUUCUGCCUCUUGAGAAGAUACAUUCCUCUUGAAUGUAUUGGAACAAGCAUGGACUGCGUCGAAUCUAAAAUAAGAGUUUGGAGAUUAAACUGCUAGGAAUUAGAAGCAUGUUUGCCAUAAUAACAGCUUCUUUUUUCUUCUCAGAAAAGGAGCAACGCCUUAGGUGGACGGCAGAUAUAUCCAAAAACCUAGUUUCAUUCUUUCUUCUUUUUUUAAAUAAGAAAAUCUUUUCCAUCUCCAUCUUAACGUGGACACUUUUGGAGGAGAGUUGUUGCUAUAGUAACUGGUUUGUGAUCUUUUGUGGCCAAGAAGAUAGCAGGCAAGAACUAGAGCUGUUAUAGGACUUCCACGAGGCUCUGCGAAUGUCUUUGUUUCAAAUGUCUUGGGCUUUUUUGUCCUUAGUAUGUAUGGUCUGUCCGCGAACUCUCCCCACACCCAUUCCCCAACCAUCUCAUAUUGGUUUGGCACAGCAAUGAGCUGGUCCAUAGGCACAGGGCAUUCAGCUUCGAAAGAAAGGUCAGAAUCUAUUCACUCUACUUGCUGUGUUACCAACUCAGAACUUAUGAAGGGGGACCACCGUCAGUGUCCUUUAGUCUGACCUCCACCCAGUGAGGAUCCAUGACAGGUCUUUCUGAUUCAAGGAAACCUUCUGAUUUGAGGAAACCACCUUAGGCAGUUUUUUCCAUCGCCUAGAGUGUUUUUUGCAUCUAUUCUCUCCUUCAAGCCUCCAAUAAUCCUAUGAGGUAGUGGGGACAUCUAUUAUUAGACCCAUUUUCAUGUUGAGUAAACUGAGCUUCAGAGAUUCAGCAUCUUGCUCAGAGUUUUUCUGAUGCAUCAACUAGAUGGGACUCCCCACCAUCCACUCCUUGCCUAGGGCCUGCCACUCUGAUUCUACUUAUUUGUGUUCAUGAACCAAGAGGCAUUGCUAGGAAUCUGCUGUGUGCUAAGCACUCUACCAGCAGCUGUGGGAAAGGAAGAAAGCAGACAAUAAACUCUUCCAACCUUUAAAGGACUUGAUAGCUGCAGAGGAGAAAUAGGCAUAGAAAUCAUGUAAGAGACAAAUGCAGAGGGAGAGGGAGAAGUUGCAGGAAGAAGAUGGACUCAUUCACAAACUCAACCCAUGCUCUCAUUUUUCCCUUCUUAGAAGAAGCACUAGCAGAACUUUGUGGUUUUUCUAUUCAUUGACUGGAAAUAAGCGCCUCUGUGAAUUUCCCCAAUAGCCCUUUUCUGUCAGGCUGGGUCUAUGCAUCUACUAGAAGAAAAUCUCGGGAUUUUACUCCUUACAGUCCCCUUAGUUAAACAGAGAUCCUUUAGUUGGGCCUUCAGGAGCUAACAGAAGUCUUGCAAAAUUAUAACAGUAAAAUGAAUACUGUAUGGAUAUGUUUAAAGCCAAUUCUUGUGGAAUUGGAUUUUUGUUUAAAAUAUUUAAGUCUGGUGUUCAGGAGAGUGCUUUCUUCUGCUAGGUCUUUCGGUUUGGUUGGGGUGGGGAAGGUGGUCCCCAUGCCUUCUGCUGCCUCAAAUGGCUACAUCACUUAUUUACGGCUGAGUGAGCUGUUUGGGGCACAAAAAACCAUUAUACGUUUGGGGACUUUUGGAGGGAAGGGAGCAGGUGAAAGUAGCACUUGGCCAGGGCAGCGCAGUCGAUUCACUUGUGACAGGACUCAUAUGCAGAGAAACAGUGGGGUCAGGUCAGAGCCCUUUCUGUCUGCUCCCACUGUGGGAGAUCAGCCUGUAUUGCCAGCCCUGAGGAUGAGGCACCUGAGAUACUGCUGGGUCUGUGGGUGUUUAUGGUGUUCCCAGCACCGAACUCAGCCCCACAGGUGAGAACAAGAAGGGGCAACUAUAUAAAAGUAGCAGAAGCUCCAGGGAGUGUCCAGGAAGUGGUGAGUAACAUAAAUUGCCAUCUCUCAAGGAUUCUAACCACAGGUGAAAAAUGCCAUUCAUCAGUCCAGCGUUUUCCAGUCUCCAUCUGUUGGCAUGUAGGAACCCAAACUCCCAGAUGGCCGGAUACCCUGCGGCCUCUCACCCAGACAGCAGCAGCAGCAGAUGUCCAUCUGGACAGGAAGGAACAGCUGACCAGUUUGUCCACAGGACAGACCAUUGCUUGUCUUGCCAAGCAGAUGCCCAGAUCCUGCUCUCUGGAGGUUGGAAACUCAUAGGCUGAAACCUCAGGUGACAAGGAAGAAGAGAAGGAGGAGGUUGAUGGGAAAGGCUAGUACAGAAUGAGUUGCCCUAGUGGAGUAAAGCAAUCAACUAGUUGGCCACCUGCGUUAAAUAAUACUAAGUACACUCUAGUAGGUUUAAUCAAGUGCUAUAAAUCUGACCGAGGCCUCAGUUCGUCUAGUUACCAAAAGUGUGAUUUCUGCCAAAAGUGGGUUCUGCUUUCACCACCUCUGUCUUAAAUAUAUACAGUCAUUCUAUCAAGCAGGGCUUAGCCCACACAGCUCUGCUUGUAGUAAGGGCUGUGACCUGGCAGAUCUGGACCCUGCAGGGAGAUGGACUCCUGGAAGGGAAGUAAUGUACCCUGUUCUUAUACAUAUGGCAGGAUUGGCAGACUUCACCUGGAAGGAGCAAGUUGGUGAUAUCUUGGAUUUUUCAGGCCAUAAGGUCUCUGUCGCAAGUAUUCUACCCUGCCAUGGUAGCAUGAACCAGCUACAGACAAUACACUUAAAUGGAUGAAUAUGGCUAUAUUAAAAAAAAAAAAAACACUUUAUUUAUGAACACUAAAAAAUCAGGCAGUUUGAAUUCAUAUUAUUGUCAGAUGUCACAAAAAUUUAUUACUUGUUUGACUUUUAUUUUGCAGUAUUUAAAAACAGAAAUAACUGAGUCCAUGGACCUUACAGAAACUAGCAGCUGGGCAGAUUCAGCCCUGGGGCCACAAUUUGCACACCUCAACCGUGUGUGUGUGGAAAGCAGCCUUCCAGCCUUUCAUUUGCCAAGAGAAAGCAGGUAUCUUAGGCCCUCCCAUUAACUACUCAGGGGUCAUUGCCUCCAAAAUGAACAGCAAAUAAUGCAUAGUCCUUAACUAAACUGUUUUUAAAAUCCAUGUUCCAGAGGGAAAACAAAAACAAAAACCAAAAAAUAACUUGUUACUAGUUGAAUUGACUCAAGCUCAGGCAAGCAUUCGUCAAGAGCCAAAAGCCUGGGAUCCAGGAACCCGCUGACCGCUGAGCAUGAAGCCCACUGAGCUAAGUGCUGGCUCCCAGGUGCAGGGCCUUCCCCCAACAACUCAGCCCAUAAUGAUUUCUAAGCAGGAAUGUUCAUUAUCUCAGACUGAUUUCCAUUCAGCCCUGCUCAUGCCAUUGCUAUAAAAAUGAUCUAAAAAACUUGUGACUGUUUAAAUCAAUACAGCAUAAUCAGUUGAAAGCCCAGCCGGGCACACUUCAAAAUUAGCAGUCUUCUUGGCUGUAUGAGUCAACAUUAGCCAAAGGAAGAAAAGGAAAACAGGAGAACUUUCUUCUUAACCAUCCCCUUAUUUGAAUUAACCAGAUCAGUUUUACUUAAAAAAAAAAAGAGAGAGAGAGAGAGAGAGCUGGUCUAAUCCUUUGAAAAAAAAUGUACCAGUGCAAUGUAGAUGCUUUUCAGGGAAGACCAUCCUGAGGUCUUUGGGGGACCCCCUAAGCCUCCUGUGAUGCACCCUGGCAGGCUCAAGAUGCUACAGCAUUCUCCAUUGGCAUCAGACAUUUAUCAAGGCUGACAAGCCAAAGCCCUGGGCACAAUUUAAUUUUCAUGUAACCACUUUCUGUUGUCCAGCUGUGGGCAAAGGCAAUGAGUAAUGAAAGUUUUGAAAUCUACUCCAGCACCUUCAUUUCCCUGCCCUUAUUUGCUUUACUUUAUAAAUUCAUUCUGUACCUGCUUUAUAGAUCUUGUUCUGGUUUUCCUUGGGGCGCCAACCAGAAAGAAGAGUUGGCUUGGUAACAAGUGGGUUAGAAGCCAAACUUGACUCUUCCAGGGAGACGAAAAGAGAUAGAAGAUGUUACCUUCAUGAGCACCCCAGAAAGCAAUCAGACACCCCCUGUAUGCCAUGAGCAAACAGAUGGGAUUCUGUGUUUGCCGCUCUGUUCAAUGUAAUUCAGAAAAGCCUUGCUCAGCCCCUAUGGCGUGCCAGGCCCUGUGCCAGGAAUGGGGAAGGGAGGAUGGAUGAGUGGUGGUUUUACCUGUGAGGAUCUUCCAAGCUGCUGGGAUGUUUCCUCUGCCCUGUUGGAGGCUGUCCACAAGCAGUCCGGAUGGUGGGGACAGAAGUUGGGAUUGGGAGAGGGGGAUAGCUUGCUUUGGCAGUUCUCCAACUGUGUCAGGAGGUAGGUGGGAACCCUGCCACACGUUGCUGAGGCCAAGUGGAGAACUUUCUAGGGAUGUAGGCAGCCUUAUCCUACAUGUUUCUUUUUUUUUUUUUUUCAUUUAUUUAUGUUAGUUAGAGGCUAAUUACUUUACAAUAUUGUAAUGGUUUUUCUUAAUUCCAUUCCAGGCUGAUUCAGCUCGCCUGUAGAUGGAAGCCAGUCACCCUGCCUACAAGGCAGAAAUAGCAUGGCCAAGGGCUGAGAUUCAGUGAAACCAGCCAAAGGAAGUUCAUAUGUAGAAACAGCAGGCAGCCAGACAUUGGAAGUUAGGAAGGGCAACCCAGGUCCAGGAGCCAGCAUGAGCCUAGAUCUACAGCCUAGGUGGAACAGCCUGGGGUUCGGAGGUCCCAGGUUAGAGCUGAAGAAGGAAAAAUGGCUGAGUUGUGAGGACCUACUGCAGGUUCACACCCCAUGCUAUGGAAUCCAGGCUCUCAAGGUGUCCUUAGGCCAAGGCAGUAGCAUCACCUGGGAUCAAAUGAGAAAUACAAAUUCCUGGGCCCCACCCAAGACCCGCUGAACCAGAAACUGGGGUGGUGUCUGGCACCUGUGUGUUAAGGAGCUCUCUGAUUCUGAUGCACACUAAGGUUUCAGGACCACUGAUCCAGAGGAUGAGAAGAAAGAUUAAAGCUGCCAUUGGGAGCCGAUGACUAUUAACAAGAUUUUUUUUAAAUUGUGUACUGAUGAGAAUGCUGAAACAGACUGCCCCACCUCUCUCCUGGGUCCUCCAGGCUCUAAUCCACUCUCUCUCUGAGUCAGUGGUUUCCGGGAACCCUGGUCCUAGUCCCAAUUCCGCUCCUCCCCUAGGGCAUGAACCACUCCCUGCUGGUCUGGCCCCACUCACCCUGGAGAAAGACAGCCCAGGAGAAGCUGCAGCGAGGCCACCCAGCCAUAGGGAGGCCACCUUCCAGGGUCCUAUAAGAUGAGUGGCCUCCUUCACGUCUGUAUUUUAAGGGGAAACAAUUAAACUGCAGUACACUGGUGGAGUGGCCCAGGGCCUUGCAGGAGUGGAGCCAGGUCAGUUAAGGACACAGCCAGGUGAUUGUAGCAUGGCUCCAUUUGUAAUGAGACAGUGCCAUGCGGUGUCACAUGCAGCCACUAAAUCAGAUGGGGAAUGAAUGGCUUUUCUUGGAAGGGCAGUAACUCACUCUGGAUGCUACUGAAAGUAGAAAACAAAACCCCAAAACAAAUGUGCAGCCUUCCCUACAAAUAAUGUCUUGGCCCUCAAAUUUCUAAGACCUACAAAGGUGCCAGGCUCCACCAAUGCCCUUUCCCCCCAUCAACUGGAUCCCUGAGGUCCACCUUUUAUUGAUUUAGUUUCUAGAUUAGGUUUAAACUGUGAAGGUCCACAAACCUUUGGAAGGAACUAGUUGGCGCCCUAUUAGUCAUUUACACCUAGCUCUGGGGUACUGAAUCUGUCUUCAUGUAUGGAUUUUUGGGAAUCAGAGAAUGGGGUGCUGGGCCUUGGGGUGGAAGCACAGAGAGAAACGGGCUGGGAAGGAGCCCAGAUACAUGACCUCAGAGAUCCAGCAUCUACUGUUUAACUCCUACGAACCCCCAUCCCCUCCUGAUCAGACUCAUUCCUGGUCCUCUCAGCCAUCUCCUUGCUGAUACCUCCCAAAUGCCACCCCCUCUCCCCAGGACACCUCUGUUUCUCCAAUCCAGCUUGGAAAAGAUCUUCUAAUUAAAUGUCCAGUGUCCUAAAACCACAAAGAUCCUAUUGGGAUUAACUCAUCUCUCAUAGAUUAGAAUAUACUGACAAGGGCAAAUGGGGCUGGCCAGUAGUGUGCUGGGGGAAGAGAGAGGGGAGAAUCAGCCAGACCCAAGAGGGGAAGGUAAAGCAUUCCUUCAUGUCACUUAGAUCCAGGAGAGCCUCUGUUCACAAGCUGGCCUCUUUGUGAGUUCUCUCAUGAAACAUUUCUCGCCCAUGACCUUAAGGCAACGUUAUAUGUUUCCCUGAGGUUAGUCACUUAUUACAAAGGCUCCCGUGGGACAAAAGCUCCCAUGGGGGUGGCAGAAAGAGGAUGGAGAGGCCUUCAGUAGUUCCAGGAGCAGGUGGGUUUUGUUCUUAUUGGCAGGCAGGACAGGGACACACCGUGAACUGAGGGUGAGGACACAGAUCUAGCCAUGACAUCAGGUAGAGUGAGUGAAUAAGGGGGAGUGUUCAUUGAAGUCCUAGAUAUAGGUGGGACACACGCAGUGUGGCACUGGGCAGGACAUAACAGCCAUUUACAUUAGCCAGAAACACCAGAGAAAAUCAUGUCCCAAUACCAGCAGUUCCUCCCAUCUUGAGGAGCAGUGGGGAGCUGGUACCUCUGGACGCUGAGGUGCCACAUGUCCAGAAUCAGGGCCCACUCCAUGAAAACUUUCCGUUGAGUGAAAAGGAACCACCGCCCUCAUUUUCCAGGCACCAGAGGGGGCGACUAGAACACUAGAAAACGUGCUUGUGUAAGGCUAGGAUGGCUCCCUGGCUGUGGCCUCCUCGGCUGCCCCAGGCCCCUCCUCAAAGCGAGAAGAGAAACGUAUCUAUCGCAACACCCUGGGUGUCUAGCAAGGCACCUCGGCCACAGCAUGUGCUCUAUACAUGCUGAAGUAAAUGGAAUAGCAGAGAUCACUUAACCUCCAUGAAUUUGGGGUUUGAAAAAUUAAGAUGCUACAAUGAGGGAGGAUGGCUCUAUCUUUUCUCUCCGUAUACAAGUCCAGGUCCUUUAUAAAUUCAGGUGGAGGAGGACAGAAGUGCAGUAGAGAAAGGGGAGCACUCCUGCUGCCCCAGUGGAGGAAGAAGAGAGUGGGGUUUUUUGGAGAGGGACCCUCUCCCAGCUAUAACCAGUAACAGGAGCCCCUAGGCAAGGAGCCGGGGUAGGUGGGCCUUGAUGAGCCGACUGGCUUUGCCCCAAAGGUCAUGGGCAGCAUCCUGACCGAGGAGAGAAAGUCAUACUCUGUUAAUGCCUGUGCUGCUCUUCAGGCCCUUUUAUCAGAUUCACUGCAGAGGAGAUUCAUCAAGAUGAAGCUCAGUUCCCAACAGACUAAUGAAAAGAGGGCAACAGACAUGAGAAGAGCUGAAAGGCAGACGGUGUGUAUUAAUCACAGGCAAGAGAAACAUGUCAGCUCUAAUGUCUGUUUGCUUUUAUCUUGAAACAAAAAUGCAUCUUGGCUGCCAAGACCUUUUUUCCUGAGCAUUUCAGAACAGAAAUGGGACGCACACAUGCAUGCAUAUGCACACACACACAAAUUGGAGGGUUCUUUUUCCCCAAUGGGAAGAACUCUCAGAGAAAUGAGCCCACAGGUUGUGUGUAUUUGCAGAAGCAGAGAACCAACCAUAAGUCUCAGCUACAGGCUCCAGCCCCUCUUACAGAAAAGGGAAUGAAAAGGAGGAGAUAUCAACCCUGGGAAAGGGUUAAUAGCUCUCUGAUGCGGGGCUCUGCCUGUGCUUGAGGGAGGGGGCAGGGUCACAGAUGUGAAUGUAAUGAUGAAUGUCCACCUCUGAGACAAAAGUACAUCCAUCCUGGUGGGUCUGGAACGAAGGAUCAGGAGCCCCACCCCCAACCCCAACUCCCUUACAUGGCUGCAGAGGAGGCUCUGACAUGUGGGAUUCGGGAGAGGUCAUGCCCAUUUUCACUAAUUUCAAAUGCUGGAAAUAAAGCAGAAGCAUUUAGGAGAUCAGGAAACCAGACUUGCUACCCAGGACUGACUACUCAAAAAACAAGAGAAGAGAUUGAGGGGAAAGGUGACUCAGAGUUGGGAGAGGGAACAGGUGAGGCUGAGGAAGAGUGACAGCAAGAGGGACAUGGCUCCUUGGGGAAGCCAGAGGAUUGCUCUAGAUUGACAGCUGUAGAAUCCAAGGUUCAGCCAAGGAUGGGUGAGUCUGGUCAUGUGACUGCUGAGGCAAGCAAAUCAAUCGCUUCCAAACUGAGUCGUUUGAAGCUGAUUUCAGUUCUGGAUGAACUAGUUAUUACGGAUCAAUCCACUUGACUGCUUCCAGCCUGGCUUCAGUGGCUUCCAAAAGGGGUUGUUGGUGGUCUCUACUGGACAGACUUGAUAGGAGAUGGAAGAAAAACAGUUGAUGAGUUUAGAAAAGAAACUGCAUGCAGAAAUCAGUUGUUUUCAAAGACAUCUGUAGGUAGUAGAGUGGAUAUGUUAUAUUGGUAUGGACGUUAUAAUGUCAGUAAGGUAAGAGUCAAAAUGAUUUGGGACAUAUGUUUGGAAAAUUAGUAUAUUAAAUAUAAAUUUUCAGACAAGUAGCUAAGGACAGCUAAAUAUGUGUCAUAUAUAUAUAUACACACACACAUAUAUAAAAUGAAGAAAUAAGUGAGGUGUAAAAUGAAGAUGUCAAUGGUUCACAUUUUAAAUUCCUUAGAAGCCCUGGUUUGGAUGUUAUGCUUUUUCUUACUGUUAUUCUUGCUCUCAAAACACUGGCACAUAGUAAGAGUUUGGUAAACGCUUAGAAAUUGAAGGUCCAGCUUGUUGCCACUUAGUAGACGGUAGUAUCACCCUGCUGCUGCUAUUUAGUCAGUAAGUCAUGUCUGAGUCUUUGCGACCCCAUGGACUGUAGCCUGCUGGGCUCUUCUGCAUGGGGUUUCCCAGACAGGAACACUGGAGUGAGUUGCCAUUUCCUUCUCCAGGGGAUCUUCCCAACCUAGGGAUGGAACCUGCAUCUCCUGCUUGGCAGGCAGAUUCUUUACCAAUCAGUCACCUGGGAAGCCCUAGAAUCAACACACCCCAAGUUAAAUGAGUUGCAGAGAAGCAGGUCAGCCACAUCCCCCUUGUAGAUCAUCACAGCUGGAUGAGAAGCUUUUGUGGAUUCACAGAUUCGGCAUCCUGUCAGCCAGCUGCAAGUCUUGGGUCAGGCUCUCUGGUAGUGAUCACUGACAGAAUGUUACAGUAAGUCAGUCAGUACCACUAAAGCCACAUCUGCAUAACUCCCAGCAAGAUAUUUCUACAAGGAACAGGGCUAGGGGCUCUCUUCCUGUGGUCUCUGCCAUUUCCUAGAUACUCAAUGAAAUGCUGUGGAAUUUUGCCAACUUCAGUUCUGGAGCUAAAUGAAAAGGUUCUGGGCUCAGCUGAUCUCAAAGGUCUAGAGAUUUCUUCUCCCUUAUCCAGAGCUACCACCGGCAUUUAGAAGCCUUGGAUGACUGUUUAUUCCAAUCUGCCUGACCACAGUGGGUGGGGGAAAGGUCCUGUGAGCUUUCUCUCCUCAGAACCUCUGUGGUGUUGACACUAUAGACAGAGGAAGGGCCAGCAGCAUCAUUCUAUAGAAUCACCUUUAAUCACCAUCACUGUCUAGACAGUUUCUGCCAGUGAGGCCAGAGUGCCUCUCGCCAUGGCCAUCUGCAGCUCCAUGGCUGGGCCAGUGUGUACCUGACACAUGUCAGACUUCUGAGAUCUUCUAGCUGUCUCAGAGUGAAUUCCUUCAAUUUAGAAAAUGGGUUUAUUUACUAAAUAUACUAUUGUGUGUGUAUGAGUGUGAUAAAAGGCAAACUCUGGACUAUCUCAUUAGAAAGAUGCAUUUAUACUGAAUCUAAUUUCAGGGGAUCAUGCUGUCAUCUUGCUCAUUGAGCAAGAUUGCCCAGUCACAGAGGAAAAUGCCCUUUUGCCUCCCCCCACCCUCUCUCAGCUCCCCUCCCCUGCCUAAUUGAGUUGUCGGAUCCACUCCAGGCUGACACGAGGUGAGGCGCACCGAGAAGCUGUAUGUAUAUAAAGAUAUAAGAAGAAAUAAGAACCAUCAUAGGAAUCUGUUGGGCUCCUUCCCAUGACUGUGAUCUUACCCGUGUGUGAAUCACAAACUUUGAAUUUCUAACAAUUCAGAUUCUUGCUGUUUCCAAGUAAUUUGUUAAAUGCCUAUUCAACACAGAUAUUUAUUUUCAGCCUUGGCUUGUAAAUGCCUACAAACUGAUUCAUGUUGGUGGUCAUUAUGACACUUUCUGUGAAUUGGUGAAUAAAUAUGAUUUUCAAAUUUCACAG